GGAGAGACGAGGAUGCGGAAAGAGAAUCUCGCAGGAUUGACAUCUUCCGAUUCUCAAAAUUCUGGCUCCUCAGUCCUACUUGCAUUGUACUAUAGUCAGCUCAAGGCACAAGUGACUCAGUGACGAUGCCAGAGCCAGCUACAGUAACAGGGGAGUCUAGCUCAGGAUCGAGGAAACGACCGAGAAAGCGGGCGAGAAAGUCAAAGGCCAAGGCCGACGGCCAUGCGGCAGAUGGGAGCGACGGCGAGCAGGAGCAGGUAGCGAAGCAAGGAGACGAGGCAGAAGCAGGCCCAUCUGCUCCAGCGUCGAAGCCUGAACCGGUACCACAGCAAGUAUCAGUAGGCUCGUCCUCCCUCAAACCGAACAAGACUCCCGCAAUUCCUGCCCCCGUAGCCCCCGCCAUCCUCUCGUCCAACCCUCACAAGCCCUCAGUCCUACCUAGACCGUCCAUCUAUGGACCGCGCAAGUACACACUCUCUGUGGCUCUCCCGUCAAGCAUCGUGUUGAAUGCGCAAACGAUGGAGCUCAAGACCCGGCUGGUAGGGUCCAUUGCUCGGAUAUGCGCCGUGUUCAACGUCGAUGAGAUCAUCGUCUUCAAUGAAGGCCUCGACCAACAAUCUGGGCCAUUGUACGAAGCACAAGGAUCUUAUAGCGGAGGAGGGGGAGGCGAUCGGGAGGUAUUCGACCCAGACUCCUUCACCGCAAUGAUCCUCCAGUACCUCGAGACGCCCCAGUACCUCCGCAAGCAGCUCUUUCCCAUGCACCCUAAUCUGCGUCUUGCCGGUCUACUCCCACCUCUGGACUGCCCGCACCACUUACGCUUCGAAGAAGAGUCUCCUUACAGAGAGGGAAUCGUCGUCGAGGAGCCUCACUAUACUUCUCACAGAGUCAAUGACAGCGGGAAUACCGUGUGGGUCAAUGUUGGCUCGAGGGAGGCGAUGCAGUGUCGGGUUGCCGGCGGUGCAAAGGCGGUACUACCGCCUAGUGGUGCGCGGGUGACGGUGGAGAUGCCCAAGAGCGGGAGAGGGUUGGGCACUCUUGUCUCCCCGCGUACCCCAGUGCAAAACUCCGGCCUCUAUUGGGGCUACUCUGUUCGUCUAGCCUCCUCUCUCUCACAAGUCUUCACUUCCUGCCCCUUCUCCUCUCCCUCUGCCUCUGCGGACUCAGAUCAACCAGCAGAGUACGACCUGGUAAUCGGUACCGCCGAGCGGGGCGACUCGCUCACUGAUCUCCUCUACGCAACACAGACGGGCAGCUCUGUCCCUUCUUCCAAACCGUCCAGUACCGGUCUCGGCGCCAGUGAGAGCGAAGUCAACCCUUUACCAGCUGAGGGUUUCACACACGCCCUACUCCUCUUUGGCGGUCUCUCGGGCUUGGAGGUGGCAAUCGAGCGCGACGAGGGCAUUCCUCUGGGAUUGGAGGACGCAAGAGAGCUGUGUGAUUACUGGGUGGAUGCGGUUGAGGGUCAGGGUAGUCGGACAGUUCGCACUGAGGAAGCUAUUACUAUCACGCUCGCUAGACUCAAGACGACCUUCGAGCAGCUGGGCAGACGUUGAACAGAUCGAGGACACUUCGAAGUCGCGUCUGCCCAAUGUUAUACGUGUAUGCCAGCUUUUGCUAUUCUAUGCUCUCCUCCCUUUUGCCGGACAGAGAUUCUUCCGUCCUGGCUCUCAGACUCUCCUCCCCUUAUCCACACCAGCCCACUGCUUCCACUCUUCGACCUUGUUCUCCACUGCCCCCUUCGCCUUUUCUCCAGUUGACUUCGAGCUGCCAGGAGCAGCUCCUUUGAUAGGCUGGACAGUGACCUGCAGUGGCUUCCCGCCCUCAUUGACAAAGACGACGCUCUUCUCCUCUUGCCUGCCGCGCGUCUCUGUGGGAUUUGAAGUGCCCUCGGAACCUUGGAGGACGGAUACGGGGGGUGCGGGAGUGGCGUCGAGGGGGUUGAUUUGAGAAGAUUGUUGCCUGAUGCUUGAGAUUCGCUCCGAAAGAG